CCACGCCUUGCACGCGCACAUAUUUGACAUAAAGCCUGUGUGGGUGCCUUCCGGUUAUAGUACAUGACAGCAGACAUUCCAUCCUCACGUCAGUCAGUCCGUCCUCGGAGCUGCAGCCUGUCCUUUGACCUCUGCGCUGCUAAAAUAGAGGAAGGACCUUGUGGAGACGGAGUCACAGCUGCAGUUGUUGUUAACUUCCGCAGCUCUUGGCCGCCAGUCAAAGAGGAGUUUCACACUGUGGACGCCCGAGGUGAAAAGGUAGACUGUUUGCGCACUUCACUCGUCUCAAAGUGUUCCUGUGGGAGCCGUGUGAGUUUGUCACUCCCUCGGCUCUGACUCACACUACGCGGACUAAUAGCUGUCAUCACUUUAAAGUUUUGGACUCCAUGCUUGUUAAAGACAGAAGAUUCCUGUCAUCUCUCCAGGUGCUCGUCUUAUGGGUACUUGAUGGACUGAAGCAGAGACAAGACUAACGCCGCUGCACCGGCAAGCAAUGAGAAAAAAGAAGCGUUGACCUUUUGAGGUCCUCUGCGCCUUUAUGAAUGUCAAGUGACGCCUGCUGAUCUGCUUCAAAGUGUUCUCCUGAUAUCUGCUGUCUCCAUUAACCAGUAGAGGGUGAUGAGGUUGGUGGGGACCGAGCAGCUUGCUCUGCUUUUGGCCUUGACCUCUUGGGCCACAGGCCUCAAUAUUCCUCUGGAAGUGGAGCAGCUUCCAACCAUAAUAACCUACACAACAGGUCCCGUUAUCGCCCUUCCAUUUGAUCCCACUGUAAAGAUCAGGUGUAAAGCCAAGGGCAACCCGACCCCAGCAUACAGAUGGACAAAAGAUGGCAAAGACUUUAUCCCUCCGCACAUCACAACAAACAAAACAGACCCCACAGGUGGAACUGUUGUGCUUCCCCACAAGCACCUUAUCAACUUUCAGGGCAAAUAUCGAUGUUACGCUUUUAACAAGCUCGGAACUGCCAUGACGGAAGAGAUUGAGCUCAUAGUGCCCAAUGUCCCCAAGUUUCCGAAGGAGGAACAUCCUCCCAUUGUUGUUAAAGAGGGAGAGCCGAUGACCCUGCACUGUAACCCUCCCGAAGGUGUAGCCCCACGCCAGAUCUACUGGAUGUCUCUCGGUCUCCAGCACUUUAAGCAGGAUAACAGGGUUUCCAUGGGCAGUGAUGGCAACCUGUACUUCUCUAAUGCCAUACAGAACGACACUCGGAAGGACUAUUGUUGCUUCGCUGCCUUCCCAAGAAUACGCACCAUCGUCCAGAAAGACGCCAUGGCUGUUGUGGUCAAGAGCUUGAACAACGGCAAUGAAUCUGAUGACAGCGCUGAUGCCACCCCCCCAGUGAGAAGACCCAGCCUGCUGCUGCCCUCUGGUGUUCAGACAGUGAAGGUGCUGUUGAAGGGAGAGACACUGAAGCUCGAGUGUAUACCGGAGGGAUAUCCCACCCCGAUGGUAAAAUGGAUGAAAAUGGGCGACAAGAUGGCUCCAAGGAAUAAAGUUGAACGCCAUGGAAAGCUGCUGACCAUAUCUGCUGUGGAAGAGAGGGACGGGGGGAAAUACAUGUGCACAGCCGAGAACUCUGCUGGAGAGGAAGUGCACUACUUUGAUGUAAUAGUGGAAGAGCAGCCAAAGUGGCUGACAGAGCCUCCUCAGGGCCAGCUGACCGUGAUUGGGUCUGAUGUUCACAUCAAGUGCUCAGUCACUGGAAAACCACCACCAGACAUAACGUGGAGGAGGAACGGAGAACUGUUCAGAGAUGAUCCGGACAACAACAGGCGAGUGCUUGAUGACACUGUGGUGAUCCAUAACGCCACACCAGAGGACAGCGCCGUCUACCAGUGCGACGCCUCUAACGUUCACGGCAGCAUUCUGGCCAACAUCAACAUCAUGGUCAUGAAUAUGGCUCCCCGGAUACUGACAAGGGACUAUCAAGACUAUGCUGUAGUGCUGGGAGGAGACAUCACGAUGAACUGCAGUGUUUUUGGCUCUCCACCACCUGAAGUCUCUUGGUCCAAAUAUGAGACUCCAGGACCCAUUGAAGGGGAGCGUUUUUCCCAGAAUGGAUCUUUGCAAAUCAUCAUCGCAGAAAAAAGGGACAGCGGGAAAUAUGUGUGUGUCGCCUCUAACAGGGAGGGCAAGUCAUCCAUCACUGCUAUACUGGAUGUGAAAGACCCAACAAAAAUAGUUGGUCCACCUCAGGAUGCACAGGUCAUCAGUGGGACCACGGCCCAGUUGAAGUGUCAGACAGAGUACGAUGAGAGCCUGCGGGGCUCCUUUGAGGUGGUUUGGAGGAAGGAUGGAGAGGAGCUCCCACUUUCCUUUGAGGAAAAUUCCAGAUAUGUGCUGGACGACGGCAUGCUGCAGAUCAUGAAUGUGAACCUGAGUGAUCAGGGAGUCUACACAUGCGUUGCCAGAACCAGCUUAGAUGAGGACAGUGCCACUGCAUUACUCACCAUACUGGAUGUUCCCGAUGCUCCAAAAGAUUUAAAGAUAUCUGAAAUUAAGAGUCCGAGGAAUGUCCUCUUGUCUUGGGUGCCGGGGAGCGACCACAACAGCUCCAUAACAGAAUUCAUAGUGGAGUAUGAGGAGAGCCAGUGGGAGCCUGGCAGGUGGAAGGAGCAACAGAAAGUCCCUGGUAACCAGGCAACAGCUGAGCUGGCACUACACGGACAUCUUGACUACCAGUUCAGAGUGUUUGCUGUUAAUGCCGUCGGACCUGGACCCCCCAGUGAGCCCACUGAGAGAUACAGAACACCCCCUGCUGCUCCUGAUAGGAACCCAGAAAACAUCAAAAUUCAAGGCCAUCUUCCUCAUCAAAUGGACAUUAGCUGGGAGCCACUGUUGCCUAUUGAACACAAUGGCCCUGGUCUGGAGUACAAGGUGAGCUACAGGAAACUGGGGGUGGAAGAUGUCUGGACUGAGCAUCUGGUCAAAAGACACUCCUUUGUUGUGAGGAACACGUCCACUUUUGUCCCCUACGAGAUCAAAAUUCAGAGCAGGAACAGCCAUGGCAAGGGCCCCGAUCCCAAAGUUGUCACUGGGUACUCCGGAGAAGAUGUCCCUACUGCAGCACCACGGGACGUAGCAGUGGAGGUGUUCAACACCACGGUUCUGAGAGUUAGCUGGACCCCGGCUCCACCCGCAACAGUGAGAGGUCAUCUAGGGGGCUACGAUGUUCAGUGGUUUAGAAAACGGAGUUUGCUGAAUCCCAACAAGGUUUUAGAUGAACGCGAGUCCAUGUCUUUUCCUGGAAAGAGGACUCACGCCAUUGUGCCGGGCCUUAAACCUUUUUCGGAGUACAGACUCACUGUCAAUGUUUUUAACAAGAAGGGCAAUGGGCCCAACAGUGACCCUGUCACCUUCAACACUCCAGAGGGAGUUCCUGCUCAAGUGCCCAUCCUGACCGCCUCCAAUGCCCAGAAAGACACCAUUUUGUUGGUAUGGGGCCCGCCGUUGGAGACAAACGGCAUCCUCUCUGGUUAUCUCCUGCAGUACCACCUCUUUGAUGAGCCCACACUGGAGGUGGUUGAUUCCCAGGAGAUAAACAUCACCAAGGCCGACACCACCCAGUUGCGGCUUCGGGGCCUGGAGGAGGGCAGGCUCUACCGCUUCCACCUCAGUGCCUGCACUCGAGCGGGUUGUGGACCUCCGCUGGCACAGGAGAGCAGAACUGUCACUUCAGCCCAUUUGCCACCGACUCCAGCUGUGGCCCCCGUUCAGAGCAGCCACAACUGCUCUCUCUCUUUCCCCAGCUCUAUCCCAGACAACUCCACUCAUCCUCCUUUAGUUCCAGCCCUGUUGAACAUAAGCUCCUAUGUGAGUGACACCUUUGCCAAAAUCAGCUGGACUGCCAGGGAAGAGCAGCAGGACUCGCAGCUUUAUGUGGCUUAUAAGAAUAACCGUGAUGGUAUCUGGCGGAUUUCAGAGGCAGUAAACACGUCUCAAAGUUUCCACAUAAUUGAUGGGCUCAAACCCGGAGCGGUGUACACUGUGCGUCUCAUGGCCAAGAGGCUGCUCGAUAACGCUAGCAUUUUCGAAGACGUUAUCCAGACUCGAGUCAAAGCUGCGGAAGGUCAGCGGAGGGACUUUUCAACCCAGGGAUGGUUCAUUGGGACCAUGUGUGCUAUGGCACUCCUCACCCUUGUUGUGCUCAUGGCCUGCUUUGUGCGGAGAAACAAAGGUGGCAAGUAUGCAGGUACGCCACCGCCUCGGCCGCAGCAACAAGACAUGUUCUCCAUGGGAAAAGUGAAAGAGAAGGAAGACCUCCACCCUGACGUUGAGUCACAAGGAAUGAAUGAUGACACGUUCUGUGAAUACAGUGACAGCGAGGAGAAACCACUGAAGGCCAGAGGCUUGAUCUCCCUGAAUGACGAUGACACAGUGGGGGACAGCAUCAGCAGAGACAGCCUGGUUGACUACGCCGACGGUGGAGGAGAAUUCGAUGAGGACGGCUCAUUUAUCGGAGAAUAUUCUGAAUCAAAGCACGGAGGUUCUGGUAGCGCGCCCAACGGACCCAGCACCGUCACUGCAUAAAGCCGGGCUCCGGUUGAAACGGUCCUACUUCAAAAUGCUUUCAAGAUACUUUCUGAAUUCAGCUUCACUGGCAUUAAAUAUAGAGUGAAUAGCCAAAAUACGGGGGCAUAAAAAAAAUGACUCAAAUGUGCAGAGGUAUUUUACAGCAGGCAGACUGUUUUUUUUUUUUUUUUGCCCAGGGGGCCGGGAAGGAGGGAGCACAUCCACCAUACACAUCAGUGUGAAUACCAUGUGAGACUUUGUACAUACUGUAAGAGAAUGACCUGUACCAUUUGAGUGUUUCAUGGUUUUAUCAGUGAUUCAAUAAACUGUUUUUUGUACCUAUCUACAAUAA